AUGUCAAUUGGUUUGACGCAUAUUUUGCAGUUUCAUCACUUGGUUGAUGCAAUUCAGGCUUGUGGAGGUCAGAAGACUGCUGAUGGUAGACGCUAUCGGACAGGUGGUGGUAUACUAUGGUGCAUUCUCAAAGCACGUGAUCCAAAUGCCUACAGGGAAAUAAUGAAAAAAGGGAAGGAGUUUGAGGUAAAUUACUUACUUUUGCUUUUAAAUAGUAUACUUAAAUUUUAG